UUGAUCUAUUCUUUCACAGAGGGACAUGAGGACAUCUCCCGGUUCCGUGUGGCCCACUUUAAAGAACAUGGGAUGGUCCUAGAAACUCCAGCCAGGGUGGAACAGCAUUAUGCAGUGCUGGAAAAGCCAAGCUUCUCCCCAGUGGGAGUUCUAAUGAGAAAGAUUCCUGGUUUUGGACGCUUCAUCCGAAUCACUUCCAUCACAUUGAUCUACUAUCAUUUCAAUCUCCAGGAUGUGAUAUUUCACCUUUACCUGGUCCCUAAUGACUGCACCAUUCGGAAGGCCAUUGAUGAUGAAGAAAUGAAAUUCCAAUUUGUUCGAAUAAACAAGCCGCCCCCAGUAGACUCUCUUUACAUUGGCUCCCGCUACAUCCUAUCUGGUUCCAAGAAUCUGGAAAUCAUCCCAAAGGAACUAAAGCUGUGCUACCGGAGCCCUGGAAAAUCACAGCUCUUCUUUGAGAUCUAUGCUGGCCACAUUGGUUCAGGGAUUAAGCUGCAAAUCCAAGACAAGAAGCAUAGGAAUCUCAUAUGGGAAGCCUUGCUGAAACCAGGGGACCUCAGACCUGUACUGCCCAUGAUUCCUGCAGCCCACAAAGAUGCCCCUGCCUUGCCACACUUCCUGGACCGGCAUCGGGAGCAGCUGGUGGCCCGAGUGACAUCAGUGGACCCUCUCUUGGACAAACUGCAUGGUGCUGUGCUGAGUGAAGAGGAGUAUGAGGCAGUGCGGGCUGAAGCCACCAACCAAGACAAGAUGAGGAAGCUCUUCAGCCUCAGCAGAUCCUGGACCAGGGCCUGCAAAGACCGAGUCUACCGAGCUCUGAAGGACACCCAUCCUCACCUGAUCACGGAACUCCUUGAGAAGUCAAGUGGGAUCUCUGUGGAAUCUUGACAUCUUAGUGGCUGAGGGGUGAGCACUCUCUUGAGUGCUGGCUCCACCUGGCCUUCCUUUGGCCCUUAGUUCCUCCAUCUAAAACCAGUGGCCAUCUGAGUUGCCUUUCUCAUAGCACUGUUUGGAGAACACUUCUUGAGGACUCAGGUGUUCCCUCUUGGCCCUCACCUGCCAGAUGUUCAUGUGGGAUGAACAUCUCAGUAAACAUCUAGUGUAGCCAGCAAGUCUAUUCAGGCCUUGUCCAGCUUCGAGUCCACUUGACCCACGAUACAGGAAGGACUGGGAAGCAUGGGGAUGAAGACAAAGAGACAGUACCUUUCCCUGAAGAGUGAGAGUCUUAUCAAUAUGGGAAAGGAACGAAGCUUCUUAAUCACUUUCCACCCCCUUUUCCCAAAUAAUUUUUAUAUAACUCUGGGUAUGUGUGUGUGUGUGUGUGUGUGUGUGUGUGUGUGU